UCUGCGGGCUGCUGCGCGCGGCUGCUUUCCCGGAUCCCGGCGGGCCGGCUCCUCUGCGGCGGCGCCGUCGCUCUUCGGAGUCGGCGUGCCGGCCUCAGCCAGGCACCCUUCUCUCUCGCUACGACGAGAACCUCCUCCGCUUCCUCAAACGGAGAUGGAGGCGGCGGCGGCACGGGCGUUAAAGCCCCGGACACUUCCCUCUUCGUGCCGGUCCAGGUGUCUCCUCCGGAGCCUGGCCCGGAGGGAGAUGUGGGCGCCGAGCUGACGCGCCCGCUCGACAAGAGUGAAGCACUGAAAGUAUUAAAUAAAUUUUACAAGAGGAAAGAAGUACAAAGACUGGGAGCAGAAAAUGGACUAGAUGGUCGUCUUUUUCAUCAAGCAUUUGUAAACUUUAGGAAAUACAUUAUGGAGUCUAAUUAUUUGAGUCCUGAUAUACACAUUAUUCUAAAUGAUAUAUGCUGCAAUGCAGCGCACGUUGAUGAUCUAUUUCCAUUUUUCAUGAGACAUGCAAAGCAGAUGUUUCCUAUGUUGGAGUGUAUGGAUGAUCUGCGCAAGAUCAGUGACUUAAGAUUGCCACCCAACUGGUAUCCAGAAGCCAGGGCUAUUCAAAGAAAAAUUGUGUUUCAUGCUGGACCUACAAAUAGUGGCAAAACCUAUCAUGCAAUCCAGAGAUACUUAGGAGCAAAAUCUGGAAUAUACUGUGGCCCUUUAAAACUUCUGGCACAUGAGAUCUUCCAAAAGAGUAAUGACGCUAAAGUGCCGUGUGACUUGAUAACCGGGGAAGAACGAGUCUGUAUCGAUUCCGAAGGCCGACCCGCUUCCCACAUUGCGUGCACUAUUGAGAUGUGCAAUAUUACUGCCCAGUAUGAAGUGGCUGUGAUUGAUGAAAUUCAGAUGAUUAAAGAUCCUUCAAGAGGUUGGGCUUGGACACGAGCACUCUUGGGACUCUGUGCCGAAGAAAUCCAUGUUUGUGGUGAAGCUUCUGCUAUCAGCUUGGUGACAGAGCUCAUGUACACUACAGGGGAGGAGGUUGAGGUGAGAAAUUACAAGAGGCUGACCCCUAUAAAGGUGUUGGAUGAAGCACUGGGAUCACUAGAUAAACUUCGCCCUGGAGACUGCAUUGUCUGUUUCAGUAAGAAUGAUAUUUAUUCAGUGAGCCGGCAAAUUGAAGCACGAGGCCUGGAAUGUGCUGUCAUAUAUGGAAGCUUACCGCCUGGAACAAAACUGACUCAGGCAAAGAAAUUCAAUGAUCCUGAAGAUUCAUGCAAAAUCAUGGUUGCCACAGAUGCUAUUGGAAUGGGACUCAAUUUGAGCAUAAAGAGGAUCAUUUUUAACUCCCUCAUUAAACCAACGGUAAAUGAAAAGGGUGAAAGGGAAAUAGAUGCAAUUACGACGUCCCAAGCUCUGCAGAUUGCAGGCCGAGCUGGAAGAUUUAACACAGUGUUCACGGAAGGGGAAGUCACCACUAUGCAUCACGAUGACCUUCCUUUGUUAAAGGAAAUCUUGAAUAAACCAGUGGAUCCCAUACCAGCUGCUGGCUUGCACCCCAUUGCUGAGCAGAUUGAAAUGUUUGCUUAUCACCUUCCUAAUGCCACCCUCUCAAACCUAAUUGAUAUUUUUGUGAAUCUUUCUCAAGUUGAUGGCCUCUACUUUGUCUGUAAUGUUGAUGACUUCAAGUUUCUAGCAGACAUGAUUCAGCACAUUCCACUUAACUUGAGAUCGAGGUAUGUGUUCUGCACAGCACCGAUCAACAGAAAGCAGCCAUAUGUAUGCACCUCACUUCUGAAGUUUGCACGGCAGUUCAGUAGGAACGAACCAUUGACAUUUGACUGGCUCUGCAGGCAUAUUAAUUGGCCCCUGACCCCACCCAAGAACAUCAAGGACCUCGUACAUCUAGAAGCUGUUCAUGAUGUCCUCGAUCUCUACCUUUGGCUGAGCUACCGGUUUAUGGACAUGUUCACAGAUGCUGCCCUUGUGAGGCAGAUCCAGAAGGAACUGGAUGAUAUUAUACAAAUUGGAGUGGUCAAUAUUACGAGACUAAUCAGAAUUUCUGAAGACACUUCUGGGACUGUAGCUGGGUCAGAUGAUUUUCUUCUUCAAAGGGCCACCAACAGUGACGGGAUGCCGAAUGCCAAAACCCUUCCCCACGCUACCAGAAAGGCUUCCCCAGGCAAUGUGAGAUACCAAGCACAACGAAAAGGAAGGGGCGCUAAGGCAGUGGACCCUAAGCCUGCCAACACUCUGACUCCAGUCCAUGGUGCGCUCACCGCCAGACUAAUAAAGCAGGGGCUCCUCACCCAGGAUAUGCUGAAACAGUUGGAGAAUGAGUGGCUACUUCAUCGUAAUGCGCAUGCCAGCAAUGCAGAUGAAACCAUAAGUCCAGACAAACACGAAGGGGAGAAGAAAUAAAACAUUGGCUUUUUUUUAAACAAAAA